CUUAGCCGGCGGCCAUUACCAGAGCACAAGACCAGGCUGCGACUGCAUCUCUGAGAACAUACUUUGCCUCACCAACUUCUGCACAACAUGACCAAGUUCAGCACUUCUCCAUAUCAGCUAGAUCUGGGACAAUUGGGCUUCGUAGAAGGUCUGAGCGUGACCGGCAAAUCAUCAAGCACUCUUUGCCACUAUUUUGGAGGCAUACCGUAUGCAUACCCUGUCGAGAGAUUUCGCGCGCCUCGCCAUCUUCCUCUGUCACACCGAUAUGGUAGUAAAGAUAAGCCUGCACAGUUUGUUGGUCAGGUCGGAGUCUGUCCACAAUCGGGAUUCAUCGGUUUGCCGAAUCCUAGCAUCUGGAACGAGGAUUGCCAUCAGCUCAACGUCUGGAUUCCUUCGGGCGAUACCCCUGCGGAAGGAUGGCCUGUCUUCUUCUAUCUGUUUGGCGGGUGGUUACAAUUCGGAGACCCGAACAUGGCUCCUGAAGCACUAGCAGAGCUGCUGAGCGAAUCUGCAUUCAAGGCCAUCGUGGUUAUGCCUGGGUACAGAGUAAAUGCUUUUGGCUUCCUUGCAAGUAAGGAGCUAGAGGACGAGGCAAGGUCGAACGGAGAAGCAUACUCAAACUACGGGUUCUGGGACCAACGUACUGCUUUGGAGUGGACACAUGAUCGUAUUGCUGCGUUUGGUGGCAACAAGGACAACAUUACCGUAGGCGGAUAUUCAGCUGGCUCGUAUUCGACCUUCCAGCAGCUUGCCUACGACAUGUAUCUUCCGUCAAGAUCUUCAAUCAUCAAGAGAGUCUGUAUGCUGUCCAACGGACCAGGCCUCCAGCCACGCUCGACUGCCGCUCGUCAGGAGCAGUUUGAUGAACUCCUCGGCUGGCUUGACAUUCCCCUUUUGCUGAGCCCAGCAGAGAAGCUGUCGCAGUUGCGUAACGUUCCGGCUCGACAGUUGGUAGCAGUCCAGAGCAGUAUGAAGUUCCAUGAAUUCAGACCGGUAACUGAUGGCUCCUUCAUCAGCGAAAACUUGAUUGAGAGUAUCAAUGACGGCUCGUUUGCAAAGCAACUACAGGAUCGAGGUAUAAAGAUAAUGAACGGGGAAGUGUGCUCAGAGCACUACCUGUACGGAGCAUGGCGUACUCCCGACUGGAGCUAUGAUGCGGUAUACGAGCGUCUCGUGGCAGACUAUCCCGACUCCAGGGUGAAGAAGCUCAUGGAUCUUCGUGUGCCCGGCAAGAGAUUACCUGCGUUCGCCGAAGAUUGGCCUGAUCUUUUUGGUCGCCUAUAUGCAGAAGUUCAAGUACACGACCUUGAGCGAGGUUUCGCAAAUCUUCUCGACAAAGGCGGAUUGACGAUUGGCAAAGACCUACUCCGCUACCGUAUCGAUUGGCGUGCGAAGUGUGCCGAUCUGAUUGCUCCGCCUGAGUGGAAGGUGACGCACUCGACCGAUCGCGCCAUCUGGUUCUGGGGUGCUGGGUUAGGCCAAGGAUUAACUGCAGAUGAGAAGACGAUCCUCAAGGAGUUCAAUGCUACCUUUGCUCGGUUUGUGAACGGAGACGAUGUGCAGUGGAGCCAGCAAGGACCAAAGAUGAUGUACAGACUUGACUCUGCCGGUCAGACUGGCAUGUGGGAGGAUGAUAGGUGGGACCAUGGCCUUGAAGGUUGGGAGGCCAUGAACGGAUGAGUGAAAUAUAUGCAAGCAGAUGAUGGCCUGCGAUGCAGCAACAAGACAUUGGAGGCUUUCCCGGGGGGUUUGUUUUGGUCUGUCUCGAGCUGUCUCUUUUGAGUCGUUUGUCUCGUUUGUCUUGGAGUCGUGCGGACUUCACUCGUCUUUGACAACGAGUAAGUCUCACAAAGACAACCACCGAAGCCAUACCGCAUCGCGUCAACGCGUGUACAGAAGCUUCCAUCACCACUUUUCGUUAGC